AUGACCUUCACAGAAUCUACAGGUCCCAGAACCUUAUAUGACAAAGUCUUUGACGCCCAUGUCGUUCAUAAGGACGAAAACGGCUCUUAUUUAUUAUACAUCGAUAGACAUUUAGUCCACGAAGUCACAUCUCCACAAGCCUUUGAGGGUUUGCAAAACGCUGACAGAAAAGUUAGAAGAAUUGACUGUACUUUAGCAACCUGUGACCAUAAUAUUCCAACUGAAUCAAGAAAGAAUUUCACAGAUAUUGACUCUUUCAUCAAACAAACUGACUCCAGACUACAAGUGAAAACUUUGGAAAAGAAUGUGAAGAGUUUCGGUGUCCCAUAUUUUGGUAUGACUGAUCCAAGACAAGGUAUCGUUCACACCAUUGGUCCUGAACAAGGUUUUACCCUACCAGGUACCACCGUUGUCUGUGGUGACUCUCACACCUCUACUCAUGGUGCAUUUGGUUCUUUGGCUUUUGGUAUUGGUACCUCUGAAGUGGAACACGUCAUGGCUACUCAAACCAUUAUCCAAGCCAGAUCCAAAAACAUGUUGAUUAAGAUUACUGGUAAAUUGAAUCAUGGCGUUACCUCAAAAGAUUUAAUUCUUCACAUUAUUGGGGAAAUUGGUACAGCUGGUGGUACUGGUUGUGUCAUGGAAUUUUCUGGUGACGCAAUUGAAGCUUUGUCUAUGGAAGCACGUAUGUCCAUGUGUAAUAUGGCCAUUGAAGCUGGUGCAAGAGCUGGUAUGAUUAAGCCUGAUGAAAAGACUUUUGAAUAUGUUAAGGGAAGACCAUUGGCUCCAAAGGGUAAAGAAUUUGAAAAGGCUUUGAAAUACUGGAGAACUUUGAACACUGAUGAAGGUGCUCAGUUUGAUCAUAUUGUCACAAUCAAGGCUGAAGAUGUGAUUCCAACCAUUACUUGGGGUACUUCUCCACAAGAUGCCUUGCCAAUUUCCGGUUCUGUUCCAGACCCAGCAAAGGAAACUGAUCCAAUCAAAAAGUCAGGUAUGGAGAGAGCCUUGCAAUAUAUGGGUCUUGAACCAAAUACUCCAUUGAAAAGUAUUAAAAUUGAUAAGGUUUUCAUUGGUUCCUGUACUAAUGCACGUAUUGAAGAUUUGAGAAACGCUGCUGCAGUAGUUAAAGGUCACAAGUUAGCUGAUAACAUCUUGCAAGCUAUGGUUGUUCCAGGUUCUGGUUUGGUCAAAUUGCAAGCUGAAAAAGAAGGUCUAGAUCAAAUUUUCUUGGAAUCUGGAUUUGAAUGGAGAGAAGCUGGUUGCUCGAUGUGUCUAGGUAUGAAUCCAGAUAUCUUGCAACCAGGUGAACGUUGUGCAUCUACUUCUAAUAGAAAUUUCGAAGGUCGUCAAGGUGCGUUGGCUCGUACACAUUUGAUGUCACCAGCUAUGGCUGCUGCUGCAGGUAUCCAUGGUCACUUUAUUGAUAUUAGGGACCAUGAAUAUAAGGAUAACGAUAUCCCAGCUGUUGCUGUCUCCAGUGAAUCUGAAGGUGAAGAUACCCUUGAAAAAGCCGCUUAUGAACAUGAUGAACCAACUCAACCAUCUGAUUCUAGUGAUGAAGUUGCUGAAGAUGAAUUAAAAGAUAUUCCUGUAACGCAUGCUGUGGCCAAACUUUCUGUUUCUGAUGUGAAGAAGAGCAAAGCUCCAGCUGCUUCUGGUAUGCAACCAUUUUUGAAAUUGGAUGGUCUUGCUGCUCCUUUAGAUAAAGCUAAUGUGGAUACAGAUGCUAUUAUUCCAAAACAAUUCUUGAAGACUAUUAAGAGGACUGGGUUGAAGAAUGGGUUGUUCUAUGAACUACGUUUUGAAAAGGAUGCCAAUGGGAAAGAUAAGGAAACUGAUUUCGUCUUAAACGUUAAUCCAUGGAGAAAAGCUGAGGUACUAGUGGUUACUGGUGACAACUUUGGUUGUGGUUCUUCAAGAGAACACGCACCUUGGGCUUUGAAAGAUUUUGGUAUUAAAUCUAUUAUUGCUCCUUCUUUCGGUGAUAUUUUCUAUAAUAACUCUUUCAAGAAUGGUCUAUUGCCAAUUAGAAUUGAUCAAGAUGUUAUUCUUGAAAAAUUUUACCCGAUUGCUAAGGCUGGUGGUAAUCUAGUUAUCGACUUACCAAGUCAAACUAUUUCUGAUUCUAAUGGUAAUGUCUUGGUUGAACAUUUUGAGAUUGAAACCUUCAGGAAACAUUGUUUGGUUAACGGUUUGGACGAUAUUGGUAUCACAUUGCAAAAGGAAGAAUUCAUUAGUAAGUAUGAAGCCAAGAGAAGAGAUAUUUACUCUUUCUUGGAAGGAGGUUCCAAAUUAUUGAGAUUCGAUAACAUCCCAAAGAAGGCCGUCGGUACCACUACCUUUGAUAUCGUUCACGAAAAAUGGUAG